CUUUACAAGCCCAACCCGUUUUGUUGUAUUUGUAAAUUACCGAGUCACCGUGUCCAAGAACAACACAGCUCCCUUUGUUGCUGCUAAACAAGCUCUGAAUUCUCUUUACAAUUGCUCGCUCUCACUUGUGUUGACGCUUUGGCACUCAGGUCUCAGGGCGAGUUCAGAGACAUGCUUCAGAUUAAAUUGCGAAGCAAGGGUGGUCCCUCCACAGAAGGUGGUUCAGGGGCAAAGCCAACUGCAGGUGAGGCAGUCACAGUAGCAUGCCCCGAUCACCUAACAAUUGCUGAUCUCGCUGUCGCCAAGAGCCUUGGCUCAGUAACGGCAUCUCCUGUUGUCAAAAUUGUGGGCCGUAAAUCACGUCGUCAAUUGGGUGAACGGGUUCAUAUUUGUGUUCGCUGUGAUUUUCCGAUUGCCAUAUAUGGACGUCUGAGUCCUUGCGAUCAUGCUUUCUGUCUGGACUGUGCAAGGAAUGAUUCAGUAUGCUUUCUUUGUGAAGAACGCAUUCAGAAGAUUCAAACAAUCAAAUUGGGUGAAGGAAUCUUGAUAUGUGCUGCUCCCCAAUGCUUCAAGUCUUUUCUUAAGAAAGAUGAAUUUGAUUCACAUAUCCGUAGGAACCAUGCUGACCUUCUUAGUCCAGGCACAAUGAAAGAAGAAGGGAACGAGUCGGAGGCUGCCAGUGCUAGAAAACCGGCGACUUCAGAGUCAACUGUUCAAGCGCCACCAAAGUCGGUGUUAUCUCCUAGUGGAAGCUCUCAUCAGCUUCAAGAUCGUGAAGACAGAUCCCGUUAUCAUCAGCCUAAUCAACAUGCCGGUAUGCAGCCAAAGCUAGAAGCACCAUAUCUAGGACCAACUCCAAAUCUUGUGUCAGAUGCAGUACCUGACAGCAAUUCUCAAGGCUUUGAUAGGGUUGAUGCGCGUAAUCAAUUUCCGCAAGAGAAUGUGGAACUGCAAGGUAGGCGUCAGCAAGAAUCUGGGCAGUUUCAGGACUCGCAGCUUGUUACCAAUGAUAAUCCCAUCUCAGGUUAUGCUAUGCAGUUCCACCAACCUCUUAAUCAUUCAAUGCCAGUUAACCCAGGUCUAGUUCAGAAUCCCCCACAAUUCGUUUAUCCUCAGUUUGGACAAGAUGGUAUUCCAUUUUAUGGUUCACAGUUUCAGCCAAGACAAGAUUCAGCACCAGAAGGCGAACAAAGGCCUGGAUCAGCUUUAGGUUAUCCACCUCGUCCAGCCGUAGGACCUGUCAACUUCUCAGGGAGCUACCCACAGCCAUGGGGUGCAGGACCAGCUGGUGGGUUUUUUGAUCCUUCCCUUGUAGGUAGGGGAAACAUGGAUGGUUUCAAAAAUCCUUCAAUGGCAGACUCUCAAGGAAGAGUUGCUGUGUUUCAAGGCAAUUUCGAUCAGAAUCAACCUUCAAAUGUUGUUUUCCAUCCUGCAGCCAACAAAGAUGUAGAACAGUUGUCAGGUCAAAACAUUCACGAACCUAGAGAAGUCAUGGGUAUGUUGGCACCACAGUCGGUCCCACCACCUGCUGCUUUGCUCCCACCACACUCAUCACACCUCAACCGUGGUCAUUUCUUCUCUGGUGGUACUAGUCAGAAUGUGCAGGCCCCCGGGUGGCAGUCUGAGCAGCGAGACAACUUUGGAGGUGCUCAAGAGUAAUGACUUGCGAUUGCUUUUCUAAUUCAAUUAUGUACUCUCCUUUUGAAGCUUUUUAAACUUGGCUCAGUCAUCUCCUGGUGCAUGUUACUAAAACUUAGAACUACAUCGUCAUAUGCAUAAUGCAUGAAACAUGUCAACAUCAUGUGUCUUUGUCACCAAAUUGACUCUAAAAUGGUUUUGAGUUUCUGGGAUUUUUCACAUA